GCAGAGGCUGGGGUAGGACGCGUCGAAUAUUUUCCAGUAGAGGCGCUCUGGAGCUCAGAGUGAACGCGGCGGUGAACCUGAAACGGUGAAGAUCGGGAACGCUGAGAACCAGCUUAGGCUUCUGGUACCGCAUUCGCUUUUCAGCAGUCGAAUGUUGCUCGCGUGUCCUUUAGUCGAUAGUUUAUUUUGAAACGGUUGUGACGCGUGUGUUUUACUCGUUGAAAUUUCUCGUCGUUUUGAAUCGUGUCGAAUUUAAUAACGAUAUUGCGUCCACGUUACAAAAUACAAAACGUAACACGAUAUCGGGACGUAUCUGUGCCGUUGCCGAUUCCGCUUCGAAUAAAACUGGUUUUAUUGCAGUGAACUAUCACCUUGCGAUAGAUUUAUUUUAGUGCCUGUUUUGUGUUUUUGUUCCCUAAACAACAACGGUGUGAGUUUUGCCGAGUGACAGUUUUCUACUCGCAUUGGUCAGUAUAAGCUUAUAAACUUUUCAACGAGUAACCGAACGGUUUCCCAAACGAGUUUCAAACUAUCUGGAUACUUGGAACUUCGGAGGGAGGCUUCGUCAAGGAUUUAUUCAAGAUUUUUGGAACACGAGUACACGAACCUCACUUGAAAUGCCGCUCGAUCAGUAAAAAUUUGAAGAUGUCAGCCUCCGGUGGCGGAGGAGGGGGUGGGGGAGGAGGAGGGGUCGGAGGAGCUCUCAGUCUAAUGGGUUGCGUAAGGGAGGCAUCUCCACCCCCUCAGGAUCCUGCCAAUCUAGGAGAAUUCUCCGUCACACCGAACAUGGAUAUUCAACCGAAAGAGCCUAAGAAGAGACGAUUUCAUCCGCUCAGAGGACUGCGAAAAAUCUUUAGGCGGAAAAGUCGAGGGGCUGCAGACCUCAACGCAACGUCUUCCGGCGUUGAAGUGAACGAUAUCCUUUCACGUGAUCGCGAAGAAGUUACUCUGAGACACCCAGCCGGACGACCCGAAGAAUCUAGAAGUAGAAGCGCCAGCGAACUACUCACCGACUCCUGCGACAGAGAAAGUGUUUUUCUGCGGAGAAGCGGCGCCGAAGAAGCUUUUGCUAAACUUCGUGGAGGUCCUGGUCAACUCUCCGUAUCACACGAUAGCGUAUUUCCAGGAGAAGUCCCUCACACUCGCCCUCUAUCUUCGCUCGACCCGCUGGCUACCCUGGAGCGAAGACCCUCGAAGAUCUACGAAAAUGAGAGCAAAGAAACGUCGUCUCUGGUGACUCAGAGUCACAGGAUAUCGUUGCAGGUUCUGGAGCAGAUAAAGACUGUAUUGGAAAGCAGAAAAGAUGUUUCUUCGACUAUUACCGACUCGACAAUCUUACACAAUCGCAGUUCUAGUAAAACCACCUAUCAUGUCGAAGAAGCGCAACUCAGGACGACCACGACGAAAAGCUCCUCUUCGUUGAACGAAUUCGCAAAGCAUCAAAAUGAAUCACAGGCAAAAGAGGAUUUGCCCGAAUUGGAAAGCGGUCGUCUUAAUCACAGAGCGGCAAUGCAUCGGAUAACAGUAAGACCAAAGAAUCGUCGUCUCCCUAAACGUAUGUCGGCACAAGUAAUGAGCGGACCUUCGGCGAAUAUAACAACGAUAUCCGAAGGUUCCGACACUCUGGAUAGUCUCGAGACUUCCGGUAGUAUCGAAAGUUCACCGAUUGAAUCGAGGAAUGUAACGGUUAUACGAAAAUCGUCUAGUCGUUUGAUGAGAACUUCGGAUAUAUUCGAAGAACUUGAGGCCAAAUUGAGCUCACCCAGCGCGUUAUCUAAAUCGCCGGAUAGUUUGAACAAUAGUAUUUUACAGAGGGCGACGAAUAAUGUCGAAUCGACCGACGAUACGGUACGGGAAAUUCACAGCGGUGAGAUAAAACCAGUGAUGAGAAAAUUGUCUAACCGAAUAUCGAAGGGUUCGGAUAUUUUUGCGGAACUGUCUUCAAAGUUACCGAGGAGAAGGUCCUCGAUAAAUCGCUUGUCGAAGUCACCCGAUAGCCUGGAAAAUACUUGGUCUAAGUCCACCGAUAGUUUUGACAGACUUGAGGAAACAAAGGAGGUAAAACCCGCGCUUAGAAAAUCGUUAAAUUUGGUCUCCAAGUCGACGGAUAGAGUUUCCAAGUCGUCCGAUAGUCUGGAAACACUGAAUACGGUCAACAGCGACGACUCCAUCGAACGAAGAAGGAGCAGCUACGAGUUUAGAGGUGUUCAAAGAACUAGUAGGGCGAUUUCAAAGUCUUCCGAAAGCUUCGACAUACUCGACGAAGUGAAAAAUAACGAUUCGAAAAUUACUGCCGAGAUGGAACAAGACGGUAUGCAUAAAGGUAGCAGCGCCUCGGAUAUUGUUACUCUGCCAUACGAUAUCUCUAAUAAUUCUCGAGUUAUGUCGUUGUCAAAAUCAUCGGAAAGCGUGGAUAAUAUAGAAGUUGAACAGGGUAAAUUAGAACCAAAACGGUCCAGCUCAGAUCUAUCGAAGAGAUGCUGGAGGCGAACACAAAGGACGACAAUGUCCUCCGAAAGCUCCGACAACUUGGAGCUUGACGAUGAAUUGGAAAAUCGUCGAUCCCGGAAACCGCCGAAGAGGAUACCGAGCACAAGCGUAAUUGAUAUUGUUCAGGUGGACAAUCAAGGAAAUAAUUCCGAGGGCGAUAGAAAACCACCUUUGAUAAGGAAACCUUCGAGAUUCCAAAAAUCAUCCGAAAGUUCGGAGCUGGGUAGCACCGAUACGCUCGACUCUGAAAAAAAAAAUAAAUCCUCAGCCAGCACCGAGACACUCGACAGUCUUGAAAAGGAUCUGGACCAGGAUGGAAAGGAAGAAGAAAUCACCGAUAACGCCGUUGAGACGAAAGAAAGAACCGAUCCGUGGUCGGGGGGUCAAGUUAUGGAGCCGACGACCCUUGACAUGGAAGAAACGAAGCCGAUUAUUUCAGACAAAUCUUACUGGCAUCAGUCAUCAGACGCUAGAGAGAAUAUAGAUAUUCAUCGAUUGCUUGCCAUAACAACAUUCGUCACCCAAAUGACGGACAAUGGGAAUCAAAGAAAUUCGGUCAUAUUUCCAAAAAAGAAAUUAUCAUCGCCACCAACAUCUCCGGCUAAACAGGAGGACAAUAAAAUAAUGUUUAAUAAUUUAUUGUCCAGCAAAAACGAUGAGGAUUUGCAGAAUAUGUUGAACGGAAACAUAUCGGAAGUGUCCACUGACACCAAAAGCUUUAAAGAAAAAUUAAUUAUGUUCGAAAAGCUUGGCAAAUGAGCUUUCAUAUAUGUAUAAUGAAAACAUAAUCAAGUCACGCUAUAAUAUCGUAGCAUGCUUAAUUGUAAAUAAAUAUAUAUAUGUAUGUACAUAUAUAUAUAUAUAAUAUAUAUACAGUUUUUGUGUACAAUAUUUUAUUAAUCAUUUGAUCUACUAUUAUAUCUCGAGUUAGUUUUCGAUUAUGAGCUUAUUACCCGUAUUCAUCUAUGUAUAUACAUACAAAAUUUAUGAAGCGGAUGUUUUCAUUCGAAUUUUUUCUGGAGAAGUGAAAAAUGAUUGGCCUUGAAAAUUAUUUUGUACAAUGAUCAAUUGCACAGAUGGAAAAAUAGAUGACCUUCUCUAACUGUAUGUAGUGCGUCCGCUUGAGAUUUUAUUAUGUCAUUUUUUUUGUAAUCUAAUUUUAUUAAUUCUACUUAUUAUACUUGAAGCUUCGCCUUGAUUAUCCAUAAUAUCUAUAAUUAGCUUUAUUUAUAAAAAUUCUUUGUCUACUCCGGAGCCUUUUCCCGUUAUAGUUAACUGUCGACCAUCGUGAAAUUUGAGCCAAAACUUGCACUGUAAAAUUAGUCUGAGAUACAAAUACAUAAUGCAUACAUGAUAGUAUUACAGAAUGCAGAUUAAGAUUCACGCUAAAACUGCAUUAACGCAUAAUAUAAAAUAAUUCGAAUUUAAUAAGAGGAUCAUUAACUCGCGAUUAAAAUAAUGCGAAUUGAAGUUAAAGAAAAUAGCAUUGUAUAGUAGAAUAGAUUUGGCAUAUAAAACAUACUAAAUGAUACCUUCUCCUGUAAAUAUACUAUAAUUAUGUAACAUAGCAUGAUGAUGAAAAUAAUAUUAUGCAACCUGUUUUAGGCACUUCGAAAACGAGUACGAAGUUUAAUCUAUCGAUUUGUCUCCGCCUUGAGGUCAGUUUUUCGUAGGAGACGACUAUGAGCUGAUCUAACAAAAAACUAGGUACUUGAAAAGUUCGAGCGAUAGGAUUGAAUCGUCGAUCUAUCUAGCAAGGCUGAUCAUGGUAACAAAUCAUAACACAGCAACUGUCAUUACUGUGGUAAGUUUAUACACCAUUGCCAAACGGGUGGAGCAAUUUAUUAUGUAAAAAUGAUCAUUUUCUAUAUGAUUUGUAAAAAUUUGCUAAACUCUCGCACAAUUGCUCUGAAUUCGAAAAUCAUUUUAUCCGAGAUCUUGAAUUUUCUCCUUCACAACUGUUAUGAAAAAAAGGUAUAUCGAUGGUUGCUGCAAACCGAAAUUAUUCUUCUAGUGAAUAAAAAAACCUGAAAUAAUUGUUACAAGAGAUUUAUUUUAGAAGGCUCUAGCUACGCUGUGCCUAGAUAUUUUAUAGAUAGUUGUCACCGAUUAUGAAUAAAUAUUAUUACUGUCUAAA